GCAGCACCAAACCCUUGAGGGUGGAGUGUUCUUCAUGUGCAGCUGACUUUACUUUGGAGAUUGAUUGAUCUGUUUUCUUUUGGAGCUACAGCUUUUUGAAUCUUUGUAGGUAAUAAAGUAAAGCUAAAGCAGUUUGGGAUCUGCUCUGAAACACAGAUCCCCAUCAUGGCAGGUAGAGUCUUAUACCAAAUACUCCCAUAAAUGCCCUGCUGUUCCAGAGGUCAAGAGACUAUGACAUUGAAACUCGACUGGUGUGACUGGAAUGUCGAGUUUCACCUGGUGAAGCUGCUCCACCACAGACACAUCCUCUUUUGGUUCAGAGGAUGGCCAAGGCGUCUGUUGGAAAGUUUUGCUCUUAACCGGUCGGAAACUGAAUCACUGUACUGUCCUGCCUGAGUGUCUACCGAACAGGUUACUCAUCAUGGAGGGCAACAAGAUGACUAUUUUUGAAAAGUUGCGCCUUAGAACAAAGCUGCCCAACAUCAAAAAGCCGCGCAAAAAACCUCUUGCCAAGCAAGGAAGGAAUGGGCUCAAUCGACGAAGUAUGUCUGUACCAGAUCUAACUUUAGUGCCAGGUGAAGCCUUUGCUGCCGAAAAUUCUCUCACACCUAAGGCCUCUGACGCCAUCUCCUUCAGUGUCUCUUCUGGUCAGAGUGAUACUGAUUCAGUGGCGAGCUGGUCAAACACUGAUGGGCCUCUUUGUACAGACAAAACCAACGAACCAGCGCCAGAAGUGACUUUUAGAACCCAUCAGAAUCCCUCCGCUACAGCUCUAAAAAGACUGAGUGCACCAGUGGAGGUAUUCAGCCUUUACGAAGAACCAAAAGUCACAACGAAUACUAGUUUGGAAAGCAAAAUGGACUCAAUUCCGGAAAACUUGUACGCACAAGUGAACAAAAAGAGGAAUGUACCUCUUCCUCUUGAGUCUGGUUCUUUACCCAGAAAUGCUUCUGGCACUCUUGCACAGUCCGACUUCUCGGAGAGACUGAGUCUGUCCGGUGAAAUGGAGAGACAGCUUUCAGACAACGUGGCAUCAGCCUUGCCCAGAGUCAGCUCGCAGGGGAAAGAGAUGACUCCGUUUCUUGAUAAGAGCACCCCGCUGUUUGAGCAGAUGAAGUUCACGUUUGAAAGACUGACUCCUCCGGCGAAAAGAAAGAACGCUUCUGCGGAACGGCUAGCCCUACAGUUUCCACAAGGAAACACAGACGGAGCGUUUGUGGACUCGCCAUGCACUUCUCCCAGUGAGGAGAAAACCAUAUCGUGGGCAAAGGAAAUAGAGGAACUGAUGGUGGAAUCAAACAACCCUUUGCUGUUGUCAGAGAUGUCAAUGGAAGAGAGCGUGCUAGAGCCUGAUGAGUCUCUGGAUGAGAUAGCUGCUGAAGCUGGAGACACCUUUGAUGAAAAUGCUCUAUAUCCUUCGGAAAGUUCUGAAUUUGUGCCGUCCUUCCCUGCCCCGUUUCAGCGGUACCUCCUGAACAUCAACCUAAAGUGGGGAAAAAACCUGGUUAUCAGAGACAAGCGCUCAGGCUCCAGUGACCCUUAUGUGAAAUUCAAACUCGAAGGGAAACAGUUCUAUAAAAGCAAAGUUGUCUACAAAAACUUGAAUCCUCGGUGGAACGAGUCCUUCUCCCAUCCUCUUCGAGACCGAGAGCACAAUGUGGAGCUUCGAGUCUAUGAUAAAAACCGUACCGCCGAUGAGUUCAUGGGAUCAACUUCAAUUUCUCUGAAUAAUCUGGAGUUGUACAAAACCUAUGAAAUGGAACUCCGUCUGGAUGACUCCAAAAGCAAAGAAGAUGACAUGGGAAUUAUUGGCGUUGAUGUCUGUUUAAUGCAUAGAGAUGCAACCAUCAAAAAAGGGCCUAGAUUUCGCCAGAAAAAGAACAAGCAGAACCAGGCCUUGCAGAGCCGCUCAGCCGACGCGUCGAAGAAUCAGAUAAAGAACCAGAUGUGGAGCGGCGUGUUCCGCAUCACCCUGGUGGAGGGCCAGGACCUGCCGCCGUCCAGCAAUGGAGACGUCUACGUCCGCUUUCGCCUCGGGGAUCAGAAGUACAAGAGCAAGAACCUUUGCAUUCAAGAGAAUCCCCAGUGGAGGGAAGAGUUUGACUUCAAUCAAUUUGAAGAUAACCAGGAACUGCAGGUGGAGGUGCUCUCAAAGAAGGGGAGGAAGGGGGAAGAGUCGUGGGGGAUUUUUGAGGUCGACCUAUCCAGGAUUCCCCUUAAUGAGAGCCAGCUCUACACCCACAUGCUCAAUCCAGGAAGAGGCAAGCUGGUGUUCCUCGUGGCACUCAUGCCCUGCUGGGGAGUCUCCAUCUCUGACGUUGAAUCUUCUACGCUGACCAACGCAGAAGAGAAAGACGCAAUCAUUGAAAAAUUUAGUUUGAGAAACUGUCACAAAUGCGUCGGAGAGGUCGGCUUCCUUCAGGUCAACAUCAUCAGAGCGAACGACCUUCCCUCCACAGACAUAAAUGGGAGAACUAACCCCCUGUGUGUCGUUGAGCUCGGAAACUGCAAACUUCAAACCACCACAAGCUACAAGACGGUCAAUCCAGAGUGGAAUCAAGCGUUUACAUUCCCAAUUAAGGACAUUAACGACGUGGUGGAGUUGACUGUACUCGAUGAAAACGGAGACAAAUCCCCCAACUUUUUGGGCAAAGUGGCCAUUCCUUUACUGAGCGUCCAGAACGGCCAGCAGAUGUGCUUUUUCCUGAAGAAAGAAAACCUGGAGAGAGCUGCCAAAGGGACUAUCACACUGCAGAUGGAGGUCAUCUACAGCAAAGUCAGAGCUGGGAUCAGAACCUUCCAACCAAAGGAGUCCAAACUAAUCGAAGAAAACCUAAAGAUCAACAAAAAGGUUCUUGCCAGGAAUAUAUAUCGGGUUCGAAAAAUCAGCACAGCAGUCCUUUACACGUUACAGUACAUUAAAAGCUGUUUUCAGUGGCAGAGCACGCAACGGAGUCUAAUAGCCUUUCUGAUCUUCCUGGUGACAGUGUGGCACUGGGAUCUCUUCAUGCUGCCACUCUUCCUGCUUCUGCUCAUCGGCUGGAACUACUAUCAGCUGUCGACAGGAAAGGCCAGCUCCAACCAGGACCUGGUGAACAUGACCAUGGGUGACGAUGAAGAGGAAGACGAGAAGGAACCUGGAAAGAAGGGCUUGAUGGACAAAAUUCAUAUGGUCCAGGAAGUGGUGCUGGUUGUCCAGACCGGUUUGGAGGAAAUUGCAAACAUGGGAGAACGAAUCAAGAACAUAUUCAACUGGUCCGUCCCAUUCCUGUCUUCUUUGGCUUGCCUGGUCCUGUUUGUGGCAACGGUGCUUUUAUACUACGUCCCUCUGCGAUACAUCGUGCUGAUAUGGGGCAUUAACAAGUUUACCAAGAAGCUGCGCAAGCCCUAUUCCAUUGACAGUAAUGAAAUGCUAGAUUUCCUCGUGAGGGUGCCGUCUGAUGUUCAAAAGGUGCAGUACAGUGCGCAGAGAGCGCCCACCAGCCAGAACCAGAAGAAGAAGAGGUAAGCUCCGAGGACUCGGCGGAUGAAAGGCUGGGCUCUCUUUACACGUGGUGCAGUCCACCUGACAGCAACGCUCCAGUGCCAGCCCGACCUUUGACUCCGCGUACCCCCCACCCAAACUCUGCCCCCUGCUGCUGAGGGGCAGCCAGCCGCUCUCUGGAUUGUGUGUUUGCCACCCCCCCCUGACAGGGGCUGUGAACUGCAGGAACCAGGAGGGCAGCACAUGGCGCUGUCAAUCACAAACUUGGAAGUAAAGAAAAGAGAACGUUAAGCAGCUCAGCCUUCAUCUAUGGAAAUCAUUUGGAAGGGAAGCGGGAGAUGUCUGGUUUGGCUUACCUCCACUGUUUUUUUUUUUUUCAUGAGUGAGUUAAACUACGUAUUUAUGUCAAAGGAAACAAUCACUGUAAUGGAAAGUCUUUAUUGUUUCUUAAAGAGAAAUUACAAAGAAAUAUUUAAACUGUCAGAAUAAAUUGUUUUUUUGAUUAUUUCUCUCACCAGCAAAUGUCAAUACAGUUAAAAUCUUUUAACUCCAGCUUCCUUUUCAUCAUUUUAUCUGAAAUUUUAAAUUAAAUUGAAAUAAAAGUUAAAUCUCA